AUGAGCGGUGUCAAGUGUAAGAUUGAAACUACAGUGCCGAUUCUCAAAACCGCGGCUGCGAAGCUCUUUGCCAAUAGGUCGCUGUUUCAGGAAGCGAUCAUGGAAGGCUUUAAUGUUAACUAUACCCACCCUUAUGAUGAUGAAUGCGCUAAAUGUCUUGAAGUAAAUGGGGGCUGUGGGUUUGACUCCCAUUCGAGCAAGCCCGUUUGCUUUUGUGGGGAUCGGGUUUGUGUCAUGUCAGGAGAAAAUAUAGCGAUAGGGAUUUUAUCGGGUGUAACUUCCGCCAUUGUUUUCAUUGUUUGUAUGGUAUACGCAUCAAAAAAAGAAGUGCUUUUCUUCAAGAAAUAUAAGAAGAAUGAGAUGAAAAUCCAGGAAGUUAUAACAAAUAAUGGAUGGAUGGCCCCAAAGCGGUAUAGUUACUCCGAUGUGAAGAAGAUGACUCAUUGGUUCAAAGAUCAAAUAGGUAAAGGAGGAUAUGGCACAGUAUACAGAGGAAAGCUACCUGAUGGCCUUCUGGUGGCAGUUAAAGUCCUAAGUGAGUCCAAGGGUAAUGGAGAAGACUUCAUUAAUGAAGUUGCUAGCAUUGGUAGAACUUCCCAUGUCAACAUAGUCACUCUUUGUGGAUUCUGUUAUGAGAGGGACAAAAGAGCUUUGAUUUAUGAAUUCAUGCCUAAUGGAUCUCUGGAUAAUUUCAUACGUAAGCAAGGAUCUGAAAUGGCAAAUUCUCGCUUAGAAUGGAAAAAACUAUCUGAAAUUGCAGUCGGCAUUGCCCGAGGACUAGAAUACUUACACCGCGGAUGUAACACAAGAAUUGUGCAUUUUGACAUAAAGCCACAGAACAUUCUUUUGGACAAAGAUUUUUGCCCAAAAGUAGCUGAUUUUGGCCUUGCCAAAUUGUGCAAAACGAAGGAGAGUAUCGUAUCGAUGCUGGGGACAAGGGGAACUGUAGGAUACAUCGCACCAGAAGUAUUUAGCUGGAACUUUGGGGGCGUAUCGCACAAAUGUGAUGUUUACAGCUACGGGAUGUUGGUUCUUGAAAUGGUUGGAGCAAGAAAGAAUUUGGAUUCGGCAGUGUUUCAUACCAGUGAAAUGUUUCCGCAUUACGUUUAUAAAGAUCUAGAGCUAGACAAGGAUGAGAAUGCUUUUGGGGCGACCACAGAAGAGGAAAAACAAAUAGCAAGAAAGAUGGUAUUAAUAAGUCUGUGGUGCAUUCAGAUCAAUCCUUCUGAUCGGCCAUCAAUGAGCAAAGUGGUAGAGAUGCUGGAAGGACCCCUUCAUUCCUUGCAAAUUGCACCAAAGCCUUUGUUGGUUUCUCCUACAAUAGCUGCAGAAGACUCUAUGACCACAUCUCAACCAUCUGAAACAGAAGACUCUAUGACCACAUCAAAGCCUUUGCGUGUAAGCUUAAGACAUAUCGGUAUAUAAGUGUUGAUUUUCAAUUUUAAG